AUGGUUGUUUGUAAAUUCUUUCAGCAAGGACAUUGCCGUUACGGGCAAAAUUGCCGAUUUGAACAUGUGUAUGGAUCAAAAUACACAUACCAUGCACCUCAGCACGCGGCUCCAGCUGCUACGACGGGCGUGACAGACGAGCAACUUGUGACACAAGUGAUUUCGGAUGUAAAGGCGGUGCUUGUUGGCGGACAGUGGCUGCUCUCGUUCUAUGCACCAUUCAAGGACCGCCCUGCAAUCCCCGGAUUCACUGAUCUGUCUUUUGAAGAAACCAGGUUGUUUAUUUACGAAGCAAAAGCCAACAAUAACGUUGAACAAGCUGUAGCAUACAUAAAUAACAUUUUCAAAGAUGCUCGAGACAAGUAUGAAAGGCUGUUACAGCCCACACCAGCAAUCAUCAAAACCUUGAGAGCUUUGUACAAUGGCGAAAUUGUCGCUCCUCCUUUCACACCGACCCAAGCCUUAGGGUCUGCAGCAACAGUGUUCAGAACAGCUGCUCAGAGUAAUUCAGAUUUUGGACAAAAUACUGCUGCCGCCACCUCAAUAUUUCGACAUAAAGCCCAGAGUGUUUUUGGUCCUGCUAGCCCAGACAAUUCUACAUCCAAUGUGUUUUGCACAACAAGUCCUGAUCCAGCUAAGAGCAUAUUCGCUCAAGCAGCACAGCAAAAUGCGUUUACAUCACCAACAAACUCAAAUGUCUUUGGACUAGCACCAGACGCCAAGUCAAUAUUUGCCCAAGCGGCUAAUCAGAACCAAAGUCCAUUUAGUUCUCCUCAAAAUAACACCAAUUCAACAAACAUAUUCGCAAGUGCAUCACAGCAAUUUUUUGGACCUGCAGCUCAAGAAAUGGACCCAUUUGGCCAAAAACAGAAUCCUUUUGGUCAAAAUACUUCUCCAUUUCAAACUGCAGGUUCAAAUCAAAUUUCUGAGCAAAAUAAUGAUGAAAAUGGUAUAUAUUCAAAGUUGGAAGACUUGUCCCCUGAUGAUUUAGAACAAUUCAACAAUGUAGAAUUUAAACUUGGUUUUAUCCCUGAGCUACCCCCACCUAGAGCUUUGUGUAUGUAAUAGAUAAGUGUCAUUAGUAAAAAAAACUAUGGUUUAUGUACUUUUUAUCCCAUUCAUUGUCAGUAAUGGCAAUGGUAUUUAUUGUAAAACUAAAUAUUACAAUAUGAUAAGGGUACCCUGUUUAUAUGGAUCUCAACAAACUUACUACAGGCUUACAACAAUGUACUGACAAAAUUCAAUGAUUUUUUUGCAAAUUUUAUAUUGAAUAAGCACUGGGGCGCAAAUAAAAUUAGUGACAUUUUUGUGAGAUCAUGUUUUGUAUUGUUUAUUAUGUGGAGUAUAUUGGUUGCAGCAACUGUUGAGUAUAGAGAUUGAUCAGUACUGGGCGGCGUAUAUUCCAAGUAUUAAAGUAGAAUAAAAGUAACAGUUUAAUUCUCAUUAAGAGAGUUUCACAAUUUGGCAAAGAUCUGCUGCUAUCAAGGAGUCAUAAGGUGUAUUUUAUACUCCUACAAACUAAUAUAACAAAGUGAGAAAGCAUCAUCGAUUUUAUCCAGAAGUUACUUCAGAAAGUUUGUGUGGUUCGGUAUCCCCUAAAUGUAGUUGAAGGGGUAUGAGAUUGAGCUGGCUGACGAGAGAUGUAAAUUUAGCAAAAUGUUAAAAAAUUAUUUCUACACUGCUAGUUAGUACAUACAUAAUGUAAAUGGUGUAAUAAAAAAUAAGUACUUUACGAAAAUGUAUAUGAUGACGUAGAUGACGAUAGUUUGUUUUAGUAAGGCUUUUUUAUUUAUAUGGUUUUUACAUUUUUUUUGUCAACUUGUUUGCUCAGCUUGUGAAUACUUAAUUGUCACGUCCGGUGUGUAUUUUAGCUGUGAAUUGGUUUAUAUUAUU